AGAUCCAGAAGUUCAAGUCUGUCAACCUCUAAAGUCUUAUCUCAAACGAACUCAGAUGGUGCGGUGCGUCUUGACAACGUGUCUGGCAUUGGCGGAAAAGGAGAGAAAGGAAGUCCAGGGGAAAAGGGUCCAAGAGGACCCCAAGGCAUUAGAGGAUCAAAGGGAGAAAUCGGUAUCCAAGGUCCAGUAGGUCCUAGGGGUGAUCGUGGAUUACCCGGAGCAAAUGGAGAAGCCGGACCACAAGGUCGUCCCGGUGCAGAGGUGAGUGAAGAUGUGUUGAAACGCUAUUUUUCUCCAGUCAAGGGACUGGCAGAGAGGAUGAAACAACUGGAGGAUUGGAAAGAAGAGUGGACAAAGAAUGAGAGUAGAGUGACUGUUGCAGCACAUCUUGUAGGAUCAUCAGGCAGUUGGUAUACUAUAUCAGGUGUGAUAACCUACUGGCAAACAAGCAGUCCAUCAUUCUUACUGGGUGCCAUCACAUACAGCAAUGGAGCUCUUACAAUUCCAUCUGAUGGUGUUUACUAUAUUUAUACACAUCUCUACUUAAAUGCCAAUAGUGGCUAUGCCAUUUAUCCUUACAUCAGAGUAAAUGGCAAUCGUGUUUUGUACAUUGCAAGCUACCAUCAUCAUAGUGAACAGAAAACCAAGCACGCUGGUCUACUUCAGCAGCUGAAAAGAGGUGAUAGCGUUGAAAUAUAUGGUGGAGGACAUCAACACUACAUGAGCUCUACUCAUUCAGUUUUUGGUAUUUUUAAGAUUGACUAGAAGCAUGUUGUUGAGAAUGAGAAUGUCAAUUAAUUAAGUGAUAAGUGUGAGUGUCCAAUGACUCUCCAUGUGAUCAUGUUUAAUAGUAAUUGUAGUUGUGACUGUGUAUGUUGGACUGUAGUGUGACCAUUCAACCCUAAUUUUUGUUUGUUUCAUUUCUGUUUAGUUCCAUUUCUAUAUUAUUAGCAAUAAAUGUUCAUUGACUCCUA